AAAUAAAUAAAACUAACUCAGUGUUUUAAGUUUAAAAUGAAAGGUUCUCCGGAAAUACUUUAUUUCGACUGAUAAAACGGAAGUAGCUGUCGCUAGCUUUGAUGCUAGCUCGAUAGCGAUGUUGCUUCCCUUUGUCAGUGGAUUGACUUCCGUUUUUGUGUUGGGUCCAGAGGUUUCUGGAAUUUACUGACGGUUCAGAUUCAGAGCUAUUACUAUCACUGAUAAACAGUAGACAUACAGUGGCGUGUUCCCACGGGGGAUCGUGAAAUAUCCUGCUUUCAGCCUCAACUGAGAGUGGAUCUGUUACUUUGUCUCAUCGACUGUUUACCUUGUUAGCUGGCUAGCAUCAGCCAGCUGAGUUAAAUCUUCCAGCAUGUUUCGCUACUUGACUGACGGCGAUGACGACCCCUACAUGAUCUUACCUUCACCUAUGGAUCCAUUUGCAGCUCACAGGCAACAGAUGAGGAGUAUGUUUGGGCCAUUUGGCAUGGACCCGUUUUCUCUUGCUCCCCAGAUUCAGCCACAUCGGGCGCCACGCAGACAGGCUGGCCCACUUGCUCCAUUUGGCAUGAUGGGAAUGGGUGGAGGGUUCAUGGAUAUGUUUGGCAUGAUGGGAGAAAUGAUGGAAAACAUGGAAAGAAUGUCCGGCUCGCCAAACUGUCAGACCUUUUCCUCCUCAACAGUCAUCUCUUAUUCGUCUUCGGAUGUCGGGGUUCCAAAAGUUUAUCAGCAGACCAGUGCAACAAGAACAGGCCCUGGAGGGAUCCGUGAGACCCGUCAGUCUCUGAGGGACAGCGAGAGCGGCUUGGAGCGUCUGGCCAUCGGCCAUCACAUUGGGGAACGUGGACACAUAAUAGAACGUUCGCGAAAUCGUCGCACGGGGGACCGCGAGGAACGGCAAGACUUCAUCAACCUCGAAGAGAGUGAAGCCCCAGCGUUUGAUGAAGAGUGGAGGAGGGAAGCAGUAAGAUAUGUGCCCCCCAGUGCCCGUGGGAUUGAGUACGGUCAAGACCGACGAGCAGGUGGACAGCAGCUGGCUCUCACUGCCCCUCCCAGCUCAACGCCCCCCCCUCAUCGACACGAGUCGCCCCGACACCGCCAGCCCCAAACUCGUCCACGUUACGACUGGCGUCUCCUCUGUGGCGAGCGGAUGGAAGGAGUGGAACGCGCACCUCCCCGAUGCUGUGAAACACGCUGAAGACGGAAGUUGAUUGACACAGCUGCCCGUCAUAAAUGUUUGAUAUGACUGGACUGUCUAAACAUAAGGAACAUAUUAUACACACACAUGCACAACGAAGCAUCACAUACUUGAUAGUUGCAUCUACAGUCAACCUCUUUAAUGUUACACAAAUAUACAGACACCCUUGUGUAAACAUGGGGGUAAAUACACUCACUUUAUAUAUAUAUAAAUAUAUAUAUAAUGUACACUCAUUCUGCAAUCUUGACAUGUGUUUUUGCCCGCUGCAGUAUACAGUACUUCAACUGUACAGUCCAUUUUAUGUUUGUGAGGACACUAGUGUGUCGGUGAAUUGAAUUGUAUACUGGUAACUAAUUAAUCUAACUGAAUAAAAGUUCAUUAAACAUUGUUAGAUAAUUGAAAA